CCGAGCCCGGCACUCCUCGCGAUUUCUCCAAUUUCUCUCUUAAAUGCGAAGGUAGUAGUCCCUUUUGCUCCGCGCCUGCGAGGCUGGCGGAGCUGGGAGCCGGGCCCGGCUGAGAGGACGCAGAGGGCCGGGGGCUGCCCCGCGGCGCCUGCAGCAGCAGCUCCUCUGCGAGGGUUAACUGCCGUCCCCGCGGCCGGGCGGGCGCGAAGGCUUCCUCUCGGCGGCCCGGGAACGUGGAUACUGCGCCCGCAGGAUGUUCGCCGGCUGGGCCAGGCAGUCAGGAAACAUGAGAAGGCCUCGGUAUUCCUGUUCCCGGGCCGCGCGCGCCCGUCUGGGUAAAUAAAGCCGAGACGACGGCGGUGGCGGCGGUGAGCGCGCUGGAGCCCGCGCGGAGAACAUGCGGCGGGGAUGGGAGUGCGCCUAGCCUCGACGCGGGAGAGCCAGCCGCCCUGCCGCCGGCUGCCGGCCCCACUGUCCCAGAACCUGAGCCCUGCGGAGCUCCUGGCGGCCCGGCUCCGAGGCGCACCGGCCGCACCGGGAGCCUCUGCCAGCCGGCACCAUGAACACCAUCGUCUUCGACAAGCUCAGCGGCGCCGUGCUUUUUGAGGACCACGGCGCUGCGGAACGGGAGCGGGGCAGCCGGCCCUACGGCGGCGUCCUGGACAGUCCCCACACCCGCCCUGAGGUGGGCAUUCCGGAGGGUCCGCCCCUCAAGGACAACCUCGGCCUGAGACACCGGAGGACCGGGGCUCGGCAGAAUGGCGGGAAGGUGAGGCACAAGCGGCAGGCCCUACAAGACAUGGCAAGGCCCCUCAAGCAAUGGCUUUACAAGCACCGUGACAACCCGUAUCCCACCAAGACGGAGAAGAUACUCUUGGCGCUCGGCUCGCAGAUGACGCUAGUGCAGGUGUCAAAUUGGUUUGCUAAUGCAAGACGUCGGCUUAAGAAUACUGUUCGGCAGCCAGAUUUAAGCUGGGCUUUAAGAAUAAAGUUGUACAACAAGUAUGUUCAAGGAAAUGCUGAGCGGCUUAGUGUCAGCAGUGAUGACUCGUGUUCCGAAGAUGGAGAAAACCCUCCAAGAAGCCACAUGAAUGAAGGGGGCUAUAAUAAUCCGGUUCACCAUCCUGUGAUUAAAAGUGAGAGCUCAGUCAUAAAAGCUGGAGUGAGGCCAGAGUCACGGGCCAAUGAGGACUACGUGUCACCCCCAAAAUACAAGAGCAGCUUGUUGAACCGUUACCUUAACGACUCUUUGAGACAUGUCAUGGCCACAAAUGCUGCCAUGAUGGGAAAGACAAGGCAAAGAAACCAUUCAGGCUCUUUUAGUUCUAAUGAAUUUGAGGAAGAAUUAGUGUCUCCCUCGUCAUCAGAAACCGAAGGCAACUUUGUCUAUCGCACAGCUCACAAAUGAUCAACUUUUGAGCCCCACUGUUCCACCGGCAUAUAAUUCAUAAAUUUCACCUGCUCCCACAAGACUGAAUGUUUAAACCUCAUCUUGUUAAGCUGUCUAAAAUACCUACAUACUAAUACACAUCUGGUGUGGCAAAAACAUAUAGGCCGAUGGGAUUCUUGGUUCUGUUAAUGUGAAUUAAUCAGAUUAGCUGCCUCUCCACUUGAGUGAUGUGAAUAUCCAUGAAAAAAAAGAAGAGAGAAAAGAAGUCAUCUAUUUGGUACAUGGGACACUUGGGAAGGUAGAGUCCAUUUGGACUCAACUGCCACUGUUGGAGCAAAAUGAGAGAAUGAGGCAUUUCGGUUACUGAGGAAAAAGAAACUGGGAAGUAGUAAGAAAUUUUGGGAGGAUGACAAAGGCUAAAUACCAUUGCCAAACAUUUUUUUCUUGGCUAAUGAUGACCCACAAAGGAAGAGAUGGUCUCUCUUCCCUCUCUUUCUGUACACUCAUGUACUUUAGAAUUUAAGCUGGUAUCACCAGUAGUAAAACGCAAGUAUGCUCAUGAGUUUAAUAAACCAUUGAGUUAACCCUGAAUUUAAUCUUAACUUAUGGUAUAGUUGUUGUUUUUUUUUGAGAAAUGCACUCUCAGUUCUAAACAGUGGAGUUAACAGGUACUUUUCUGGGCUACCUUCCAUUCAUACAUGAGGUGCUUUUUCAUGCGUUCAUUCCACAUACAAAAACGUUUAUUAGAGCCACUGCCCAUGGGCCCUAUGUUAGGCUCAGUGGAGCUCUGGGCUUUGUGCUAGGCUCCUGGUCAAAGAAACUGUAGUUGAAUGAAGUGGAGGAAAGAUGAAAGACAUGCCUCGCAAGAUCUUUUUGAGCAGUGAAUAAUUUAUGUUCACUCCUAAUUUAUGUUUCAUCAAUUUUAGGUUUUGUAUUUGGGGGUAGCUUAAAGAAAGCUGCGUGGCAGUCAAGAGGAGACUUCCUCAAGAGCCAGCUGUUAAGGAUAGUGUAUGUUUCUGUGUGCAGCAGGCCCUGGAUCAACAGGGGCUUGAACUGCGCAGGCCCACUUAUAUGCGGAUUGUUUUUCAAUAAAUCCUAUAAAUAUAUUUCCUCUUCCUUAUAUUUUUUGUAAUAACAUUUUAUUUUCUCUAGCUUAUUUUAUUGUAAGACUACAGUAUAGAAUACAUCUAACACACAAAAUAUGUGUUAAUUGACUCUGUGUAUGGUAUCCAUAAGGCUUCCAGCUCAUAGCAGGCUAUUAGCAGUUAAGUUUUGGGAGAGACAGAAGUUAUAUGUUGAUUUUUCUACUGCACGGCAUUGGCAUUCCAAACCACUGCAUUGUUCAUGGGUCAACUAUGUAUGCUGGGCUUUUCUUUGGGGUUUUGUUGACCAGUAAGUCUACUUUGGACACUUUUUUCUUCUUUUGUUUCCCAUUUUGUGCUUGUCACUUCCUGAUUUUUUUGUGAAAGAAUUCAGCUUUGCCAUUUUGGAUUAUUCCAGACAUUCUUUUCCUGGCAUGCAAAUGACUGUUGAUGUACUCCAGCAGAGAAUCAUAAAACCCUCUAUCAGCAGCCCAGUUAGUGACAUUUAAAGGAUACUUGAAAGGUUAUCCAAUUUCUUGUCUUGUAUCUUUACUACAAAAAUACCUCACUUUUCAAACACCAUCUGGGAAUGAGGUAUUCCACGUAAGUGAAAUUUCCAGAUAGAAAUUUAAGUACCAAUUUUUAAAAUGUAGGAUUUCUGCUCUCCUAAACAUAUGAGUAUAAUAUUAAACACAGCAAGCGUGUGGGCUAUACAUCCUCUCUGUUCUUUAAACUUCCUCCCCCUGUUGCUUUUUUAUGCCCUCCCACCCUUCAAAUCAGUAAUUUUAGGAUUAACCACAAUCCUAAAUUCACGCCUCCCUCCUUUGAUUAAAGAAUGUCUUUCCGAUAGCCUUUUACAAAGGGAUCUUUUUUAAUUAUUUCAAAGUGGUAAUCUUAAAACUGAGAUUGCUAUCGAAUUAUACAAAUUUAAGCAUUGUUCUAAACACAGGUGAUUCUUAAAUAUUUCUCAGUGAUGAUGAGAAAACACGUUCACAUGGAUUAUUUCUGAAAUUCAAAUUAGCUUGAUUUUUUAAAAUUAAAUAUUUUUCAUGGAUUCACUUGCAAACUUUAAAUGAAAUUUAUAUUCAUUUAAAUGAAAUUGACACACCUAAUGUCAAAAUACCAAGAGAUUAAUGGCAAACGAAAACAGAAAAAGGGAACAACUAUUGGCAUGAGCAGUUUGCUGUCUCCUUUAGGGUGUUAGCUUUUUAUUCGCUUUUCUUUGUUUGUUAUUUGGUAUCAUGUGAGAGCCUGAAAAAUCUAAAUGUAGGUGCUGAGACUUACAGCCCCAUUCAACAACAUGUACAGACAAAUUAAAAGUGUAUGGCAGCUCAGUUUAGAAAAUCAACACACUUUUAAGGGCUGUGUUUGAUCCUGAGAUUUUUUGUUCUUGUAUGUUGUAUUUCCUCUAUGUGGUACCUAAGAAUAAUAUAACACUGGUUUCCUAUGUGUGUGAAUGUAAACAAACUGUUUUCUGAAAUGCAGCUAUAUUCUCUCUUCUUUUGUGCUGAU